UGAUGAUUUUAAAGAGCCUGCUGCACCUACACGCUGUGGACAACCCACGUACACAGAAAGAGCUACGUAAUCUGUGUGUGCGUUCGUAUUCUGUGUGCAUGUGUGCCUCAGACAGACAGACAGUCGGACAGACAGACGGACAGACGGACAGCAUCUCCUCUCGCAUCAGCAUCACGGGGGGUUCAGUAGCUCUCUCUCUCUCUCCAUCACCGAAACGUAGGAGGCGUCCGAACCUGUGGAGCCUGUGUGUGUGUGUCUGUCUCCGACUGUGUCCGCCUGUCUGUUCCUGAAGAUCACUACACACACCUCGGUUGUGGGGCAGUUGUAGUUUAGAAACAAAAGAACUGGUUUUACUGGCUCUGUAUUCCAGGAAAUCUCGGCUGUCACCCCGGAAGACUCAUCUCAUUGUCGCCUUGAGGAGUUGAAGCGAACAGGUUUUGUUGUGACAUCCACACAGCUGUGCGCGCGCGUCAUUUGGGAGCCAAUCAAGCAGCCAUGGACUCGAUAUUUAAGGGUCUCUCCAAAGCCAAGGAUGGGGUCACAUUAGCGGCGGAGAAAACCAAGCAGGGAAUGACUGGAGCGGCUGAGAAGACUAAAGAAGGAGUUAUGUUUGUCGGUUCCAAAACAGUGGAUGGAGUGACAACAGUUGCUGGCAAAACUGCUUCUGGAGUGUCUCAGGUGGGUGGAGCUAUGGUUACCGGGGUAACUGCAGUGGCCCAGAAAACUGUGGAGGGUGCAGGCAACAUUGCUGCUGCCACCGGAUUGGUCAAGAAGGAUCCAGCCAAACAAGGUGAGGACCCCGCUGCAGUACAGAACCUGGCAGAGUCACCGAUUGACACUGAUCCUGCUAGUAUCACAGAGGAGGACUCUGAUAACUGAGCGGAUCGAGAGCUUCACAAUCAAAGACGAUCAAUGACCGAAACAUUCCAUGUCGCUCUGCCAAGUCCCGUCGUGCCUCGUUUUGGUCCUUUCAUGGAGUCUGUGCCCAAUGUUUGUGUGUGUGUGUUGUAACGUAUGUACGGCAGUGUGUAAAUGUUGUAGAUAAACAGAGACAUUGUGUGUGCGCGUGUGUGGAGGUGCAUUGGACAUUUACACAUCAGUCCUGAAAGGGACCUCAAGUGUGUGUCGUAUGUGACCAGCUGUUAUUUACAGUGUUUCCCUUCCACUGAGAACGCCACCUGGUCAUUGUGUGUUUGUGUGUGCCUGUGUGUGUGUGUGUGUGUGCCUGUGUGUGUGUGUGUGUGUGUGUGUGUGUGUGUGUGUGUGUGUGUGUGUGUGUGUGUGUGUGUGUGUGUGUGUGUGUGUAUUAAAAAUCUAAAUGUGUGGCUAUGUCAAUAACUCAAACAUGGAAACAUACCACGAUAUACCACUUUAAACACCUAAGUGUCUCUAUAGAAAUGAAUUACAGUGAUCUGUCUGAAAUGGAAGCAUAAUGAUAUUCUCUAUUUUUGUCUGUAUGAUGUCACUGUUUUUGCGAUGGAUCUUAAAGUGAUGAGCUAUUUGUGCAUUCAUAUUGUAAUCUGGGUUGUCAGUGCUAUAACAGAUAUGUACCGAACUGGAUGGACUUCUGAAAACCAAGAGCAUGUAAAAGUGAGCAGCUUUACUGCUGUGAUAUGGAUUUCUUUGGAGUUGUAUGUUGAAUAAAUUAUGUUCAAAGUGU